AUGUCCGAGAAGGACGUCUUGUUUCCCUAUGCUCAUGACAACGUUGAAAGUUUCGUUCGGAGUCAUUUCAACGAUGCAUCAGUGGUUAAUAUCGUAAAUAAACUGCGUCAAGCCUCCAAAGAAGAGUCUAAGAAUGACUCUUGUGUAAGGUUGGUGAGAAAUGCUGAGGAUGAUUGUGUAAAUGAUGUGACUCAUAAUGUGAGACAUUGGAUCAAAGCUGACAAGAAGGUCACGGCAAUGAAGGAGUUGCAAGGAGUGAUGUGGGAAGAGGCAUAUAGAGAGGGACAUAUCAAAGGGCAUGUCUAUCCUGAUGUGUUUCCUGUACUUCGGUCACUGUCAGUGCCGAUUUAUAUCUACUCCUCUGGCUCAGUCCUCGCUCAAAAACUUCUUUUCGGCCAUUCAGUUGUUGGUGAUAUGACCAAGAUUAUUGCUGGAUAUUUCGACACAACAAUUGGAUACAAAGGAGAAUCUGCUUCGUAUAAAAGGAUUUGCGAGUCAAUUAAUUUGAGCCCUGCUGAGGUUCUCUUCCUGACUGAUGUGGAGGCAGGUGAGAACUUGAGCAGAUUCCAAGUGUUUUUGUAG